AAUUCUAUCAGAUCUCAUACCCUAUGGAAAAUGGUAUGGUGCGAAACUGGGAGGACAUGCAACACGUUUGGGACUAUACAUUCAACGAGAAACUAAAGAUUGAUCCCAGCAACAGUAAGAUACUCUUGACCGAGCCUCCCCAGAACCCUAACGAGAACCGUCGCAAGAUGGUAGAAGUUAUGUUCGAGAAGUACGGCUUCCACUCUUGCUACAUCGCCAUUCAGGCUGUGCUUACACUGUACGCCCAAGGGCUCCGAACUGGAGUGGUGGUGGACAGUGGAGAUGGCGUUACCCACAUUGUACCUGUAUACGAAGGAUUUGUUUUGCCCCACAUAACUAGGCGUCUGGAUAUCGCGGGACGGGACAUUACCCGGUAUCUCAUCAAGCUGAUGUUAAUGCGGGGUUAUGCGUUUAAUCAGACUGCGGACUUCGAGACUGUACGACAAUUGAAGGAGAAGCACUGUUAUGUUGCCUACGACGUAGACCAAGAGAAGAAGCUUGCAGACGAGACCACUGUACUCACAGAGUCCUUUGAGCUGCCCGACGGUCGCGUGGUUAAGAUUGGCGAGGAGCGCUUCUCCGCGCCUGAGGCUCUAUUCCAACCUCACCUCAUUAAUGUGGAAAGCCAGGGCAUCGCUGAGAUGCUGUACAGCACCAUUCAGUCGGCUGAUAUUGAUACCCGGUCCGAGUUCUACAAACACAUUGUACUGUCUGGUGGGUCUACGAUGUACCCGGGACUGCCCAGUCGUUUGGAGAGGGAGAUUAAGCAGUUGUACCUGGGUGGUGUGCUCAAAGGCGACACGAGUCGUCUCAAGAACUUCAAAGUAAGAAUCGAAGAUCCUCCAAGACGGAAGCACAUGGUAUUCUUGGGUGGAGCUGUGCUCGCAGAUAUCAUGAAAGACACGCCCGAGUUCUGGAUCUCUAAAGCUGAAUACGAAGAACAAGGAGUUCGAUGUCUGAAUAAGCUUGGUUCGAGCUGAACGGGUAAUUAUGUGUCUGUGCACCCUUGCAGACAGAUAAUCGCCAGAUAAACUGUGUAACAAUACCAUGUGACGACUAUAUAGUGGAAAAGACCAAACGGUGCCCAAUGAUGACAACGUAAUAAAUAACCUGGAGAUUCUGUUAAUCCUAGCGUGUAUCGAAGAAUAGCAAACCACUUUCAUGCAUCUAGUCGCCAGAUUAAAACUGUGUAACAAUACCAAGCGAGUUAUGUGUGUUGCACGACUAUAAUGUGAGAAAGACCAAACUGUGCUCAAUG